AUGGCCAUCAUCUCCACUUUACUCCCUCCUCUAGAGACAUUGCCUCUUUAUGCUGCUUUGGCAUUUGUUGUCUUUGUCGCCAUCAACAUUUUGAACCAACUGUUUGGUCCCAAGAAUCCAAAGGAGCCUCCUGUUGUCUUUUCAUGGGUCCCUUUCUUGGGCAAUGCAGUAGAAUUUGGAAUGAAUCCCAUCAACUUUUUGAAAGAGUGUCAAAAGAAAUAUGGAGAUGUAUUCACCUUUUAUAUGGUUGGCCGACGUGUUACCGUCUUCUUGGGCGCCGAGGGUAACCAAUUUGUCUUUAACGCAAAGCAGAAUUUAGCAUCUGCUGCUGAAGCUUAUAAUCACAUGACCAAGUAUGUAUUUGGCCCUGAAGUUGUCUAUGAUGCUCCCCACAGCGUAUUCAUGGAGCAAAAGCGAUUCAUCAAGGCUGGUUUACACUCUGAAGCAUUCCGUCAGCACGUUCCAAUGAUUGUCGAAGAAGUUGAAAACUUUUUCAAGGAUUUCAAAAAACCUACUGGAUUAUUUGAUGCGUAUCACACUCUUGGUAAAUUGAUCAUCUGUACUGCUUCCCGUUGCUUGAUGGGCAAGGAAAUCCGUGCUAGUUUGGAUGACAGUGUUGCUGGCUUAUACUACGAUCUCGAUCAAGGAUUCCAACCUUUGAAUUUCAUCUUCCCUAAUCUUCCUUUGCCCUCUUACCGCAAACGUGAUGAAGCUCGUCGCAAAAUGGCUGAACUUUACUCUAGCAUUAUCGCUCGCAGAAAGGCUGACAACGACAAUAGCAACAUGGACUUGCUUCAAGCAUUGAUGGAUUCUACCUAUAAAGAUGGAACACCCUUACCUGAUCAUCACAUUGCGGGUAUGAUGAUUGCUGUUCUCUUUGGUGGUCAACACACUUCUGCCACUACCUCAGCUUGGACUCUUUUGGAAUUAGCCGCUCGUCCUGACUUGAUUCGUGCCCUGCGUGAGGAACAAAUCACCAAGCUGGGUUCUCUCAAGGCUGAUUUGACAUUUGAUAACCUCAAGGAAUUGACUUUAUUAGAUAGUUGUGUUCGUGAAACCCUUCGUCUUCACCCACCCAUCUACCAAAUGAUGAGACGCGUGGUAUCAGACAAGGUUGUCUACGAAAAGACCGGUCAUGAGAUUCCUAAGGGCAACUUUUUGUGUGCUGCUCCUGGUGUGACUCAAAUCGACGAGCAAUACUUUAAUGAACCCUUAAAGUAUGAUCCUAUGAGAUGGGUCAACCUGACGGACCCUGUGCAUAAGAUGGAAGUAGGCGAUGAUAGCAACAUUGACUAUGGUUUUGGUGCUGUUGGUAUUUCUUCCAAGAAUCCAUUCUUACCCUUUGGAGCAGGCAGACACAGAUGUAUCGGUGAACAAUUUGGUUAUCUCCAAAUCAAGGCCAUUCUUGCUACCAUGAUCCGUAUGUUUGAUAUUGAAUUGGAAGAAGGUAAAGGCGUGCCUAAGCCUGACUACACUUCUAUGGUUAUUGUGCCUGAAAGACCAAGUAAUAUCAAAUAUACUUGGAGAGAAUAG